AUGAUUAAUGAUAAUGAAAUGAAAGAAGUCUUUUCUGAAUGUGAUUGCGGAGGUCCGCAUCCUCAUCGAAAAUGUGCUUUGUGCAACGAAUCUUUUGGUACAAAGAUCCUUUUUAAUGAACAUUAUGCGUCGUGUUCUACUCAAAAGAUAUCAAAGUUAGAAGAGGAUAUAAAUAAAAUAGAGAAUCAUGUGGAUAGAAAAAUGAAAGAUUUUCAAAUGAUACAAGAAAGUAUGAAUUAUGUAAACACAGCACUCAAUUUAACAAUAAAAGAGGGUUCAAAGGUGGAUAAAAAAAUUGAAAAUUUGGAAACAAAGUUAAGUAUUUUACAAAUGGUUUACAAACAACCUGAUGUACUUUUUUCUAGCUAUAAAGAUAAAUUAAGAAGCAUUGUGGAAUCUGUUAAAUUCGAAUUAGAACAAAAGAAAAAUGAAUGUGAUAAACCUUAUGAUGUACCUACGCGAAAAAAACUUUUUAUUUGUCUAGAUAAUAUGACACUACGAUUGCAAUCGAAUGAACCGUAUUAUAGUAAACCUUGUUUUACAGAAGAAGGUUAUUGUUUUCGAGUGAAAAUAUUUGGUUAUCAAAAACCAGAAACCUUGGCUAUUUAUGUUCAGAUUUUAAAAUCUGAACAUGAUCACAUGUUAAUCUGGCCGAUGAAGAAUCAUGUUCAUUUUUUUAUCAAAAAUAAUCAUCAUGAAAUGUUGCUAAGCUUUCCAACAUCACGACAUAUCGAAAGUUUUGAUAGACCUGUUUAUGAAGCAAAUAUUACGUGCGGUUAUGAUAACUUUAUUAAACACGAUCAACUCAAAAAUUAUAUAAUCAAUGAUAAACUUUGGAUUUAA